AUGGACCCUGACGAGGCACCUCCGCCGCCAUACUCCGCCGUGGACCCUUUACUUGCGCCGUCAACCAGCAACAGAAAUGUAACCUCAUCAUCAGCUGGAACCCCAAGCCUCCCUCACAUCCGAGAUGGAGAUGCACAGCUGCAUAACAGCCGAGGGAGUAUGCCCAUAGCAGCAUCUGCCGCACUUCCAACUCAUUUCACAUCAGCCGCUGCGUAUUUUGCUGAACGGCCACCUCCUGCACUUGAAGAUGCAGAGCAAGUCCUGGAGCAUCAUAUAACCAUCUAUCCGCGAAGCCAGGCCAAGGAUUUCCCGCGGCGCCCGCGAUGCUGGAGUCCCCGGAUGGAGAACGUCACCCAGCAAGAUUGGGAUAUGUUCUUACGGCACUUGUUUCCUCCGCAUCUUGGCCUUGCGUCCUCGUCCGCUGAACUUCCGCGGCAGGUGAGGGCUGAGAUACGUCGGGACCGGAAAGACCGGCCUCAGGAGACAGAUGAGGAGCGGGAAAUGCGUAUCGCUACGGUUAUGAAGGAGUGGAACCAGUACUUUUUUGAGCCGCGCGCGGUGCGGAUCGUAUUCUUUUACGUUACAGAUCCCAGGAAUGCGCCGAUCUCCCCGCUCUGUCCGAGGUGUUAUCCCGCUGCUACGAGGGCGUCGCAGGAGAAUCGCGGUACUCAGGUACCGGAAACUGGCAGGGGUCAUCCUCUGCCAGGUAACAUGCACCCCACGAUUACGGGAUAUCCGCAGGCUCCUAUGUACCCCGGGCAGGUACCAGGGCCAUACGGGUGGUCAAUCCCUAACCCAGCUCCAUACCCACCACAGCAAGGUUCUGGAUUCUUUCACCCGGCGAACCCUCAUGUCUAUCAUUACCAAUACCCGCAGUGGCAGCCCUGGGGGUGGGGCACACAACAUUCGCAGCAAUAUGAAAGCUCGAUCCUGAAAGGCGGUCCAUUAGGCUGGUUCUCGAGUCUUGCCGCGCAAGCCCAGAAAUACGGCGACCGCAUCUCGGAGCAGGCUCUGCAUUACGGGGAUCAGAUAACGGCCCAUGCACAGUACUACGGCAGCAAGGUCGAAGAACAAGCUAUGGCUCAUGGCCGCUGGAUCGAAGAGCAAGCAGGUCUCAGUGGUCGAAAGGCUGAAAGCGCCUUUUCUGGAUGGAACCAACCUCCGCAGGCAUAUCCACACUACUAUCCGCAACCACAGCCCCAGCAUCAGUCUCAGACUUCCGGCACCGCUCAAUAUACCCAGCAAAGUCAAUCCGCACCGGAGACCACAGUAGCCCAGUCUCAGCAACUUUCUUCUGACCAACAACCGCAGCAACAACCACAACAGUCAGCAAACUCAACUUCCUACAACCGCCCCCGAAGGGAUUCUACCUCGUCCACGACCUCUGACUCCUCCCUCUCCUCCAUCGAUUCCAUUUCCACAACAUCAGAUCUCUCCUCUUCCGACCUCGCCACCGUCCGCGCCCAACUCCUUUCUCUAUCUGCCCACCAUGACCGUGAACUCUACGACGCAGCCGUCGAACUCCGUCGGCAGCUCGACGCUCUCCGCGAAUCUCGACGGCAAGCCCGCGUCUCUUCAACCCGCCGCUGGAGACCGGGAUGGGGACAGUCGCGAAGUGAUCAGCACUCAACAUCGCAAUCGUCACACCAAGGACGGAGUAGCUGGGGAAGGUGGGAGUCACCGGCAGAUCGGCAGCGGAAUCAGGCGGAACGGCGGGCCGCGAAGGAGGAGCUGAGAGCUACGAGGAAGGCGUUUCGGGAUGUUGUGAAGAGGGCGCGCGAGGAGCAGAAGGAGUCGAGGAGGGCGAAGAAGGCGAGAAGGAGGCAGGAGAGGAGGGAGAGGGAGAGGAGACUGGCUCAGGGUCAGAAUCAUGGACAAGAGGAGACGGCUUCCGAGGCUGGCUCUGUGCCUGCGCCGCUUUCUGAGUCGAAUCUGGAGCAGCGGUUGCAGAAUCUUGAGCUGGGCAGUAAUUCGCAAAGUCGCGCUGUCUCAGCACAUAUUACGCAGCGCGCCGAUGCCGAUGCCGGCUCCGAGAGUAGUGCGAUUAGUUCGAUCAAGACACCCAGCGCCAACUCUGAGGAAGAACCUGAACCUGCCAAGGAGAAGGGGAAGGAACAAAAGCCUAGCAAGGGAACCGAAUGA